CGCAGAGCGGUGCGCCCCCUAGUGGCGAAAAGACCUCAACGCCCGCGGGUGAACGGCGGAGCGACACAACGCGGCGGGCGGGCCGCCACUCGCGAUAACUCGCGUCGGAGCAGCUGGGCGGAAAAGGCGGGAGAAGACCGCCGCUUCCGCGCACAGACACGGCGCCGGGGCAAAAUGGACGAUAAGUUAAUAUUGGCCGUAUUUAAAUGCCCGGAGCUGUACAAUGUCACUUUGCCGAAUUACCGCUGCACGGAAAGUCGGGUGAACGCGUGGAGAAGCAUCAGCGUCACACUGGGUCUCCCGUCCGAGGAGUGUAAAAGAAAAUGGAAGAACAUGAGAGACCGUUACUUGAAGGAAGUCCGAAUGGAGAUCAAAAGCAAGAAACAAGGAGAGCUGAUGCAAAGCAGAUGGAAGUACAGACAACUCAUGAAUUUCAUUGCACCCUUCACUGGAUCGAGGAGUGGACUCGCAGAAGUCUGCGGCAGCAGCAACGACGACGACCUCGACCACGACCACCCCGACAACGAAUCCGGCAGCGCCGAGGGGGACGCCACGCCGUCCGAAGCGGUCAAGACGCCGCAGACCGCCACCAAGGCGAGUCAACCCGACCUCAAGCCCCAGGUAGCCUAUAUGACGCAGAUCCAUAACAUGUCUCAGGACGCACUGAUGUCCCAGCUGGGCGUCCUGGCGAAGAGGCCCGCGAGGCCGUCCAGCCCGCAGAUACCAGCCGUCAGCACGACGGGGCGGAAGCGGCGCCUGAUGCAGGAGUCGCUUCCGCCGCCGUCUUCUCAAAGCGCCCCGUCGCCCUCCAAGUGGCUGCUCAAAGACAAUGGCGCCUCGUUCCCCAACCGGCCGCGGGACGAGGACGAACUGUUCCUGCUGAGCUUCGUCCCGGCGCUGAAGCGGCUCGCGCCGCAGAAAAGGUGCGAAACCAAAAUAAAGAUCCAGCAGAUCAUGUACGAGGCGGAGUUCAACGUGGCGCAGGCGGCAUCGCAGGCGAAGCAGACGGACGACUAGGCCAGACGGACUACUUUUAUACUUUAUCAGGAACUCUUUCUCAAUGAUGAUCAAAAUGAUAUAUAUUUUUGUUGUUUUUUACAGCACACCGUGGUGAUGUGCAUUACCUAACGCGAAGAAUGACUAAACAUGCGAGUAUUGAGCAAGUUUCAGAGUUUAUUUUGGUUUGUUGUGUCCAGAUUUACAUUUUAGAUGAGUACUGCUUAUGAGUACAAUCAGCCUAACAUACCAGAUUAUUAAAAGGACAACAGACUGAUUAAUAUCUUUAAUUACAUAGCUUUAUUAUGAAUAAAGUGGAUUCCCAUUUAGAAAAGUCUUCAUGUUGAAACAAUCUUCCAAUCUUAUAUUAUUCAGUAAUAAUCUAGUGUAUUUUUACAUUUAAUUACAGUUAGAGAAAAAAUAGAAAUAGAAAUAGUGAAAUGAACACUGUUUCAGGACUUAAUCGGUCAGCUGCUUACAUGCAUAAAAUGAAUUUUUAACAUCAACUCAAACAAAAAGACAAUGUUUGAUUCCACAAAUCAAACAAUGUAAUUUUGGAUGAUCAUGUGUACAUUUCUAGGAUUGGGUGAUUAAAAGAUAAUAAAAUACAGGAUGCAAAGACCAAUAUUCUGUGUGACU